AUGACUGGACAUCGCAUCGUUCAGCCUUGUAAAAGGUACGUCUCGGUCUUUCUUCUAUUCUCUGCCGCCCUGAACACGGUGUAUGCGGUUACUCACUACUCUGUUCCCGAGGAAAUGGAGGAAGGCUCCGUUAUUGCUAAUCUGGCCUCUGAUUUGGGGCUGAACACGAACAGUCUCAGUAAACGCAAGAUGCGCUUGGAUGUUAUCGCCAACAAAAAAUAUCUGGACGUUAACAAAGAGACUGGCGAGCUGUAUAUCGUCGAACGGUUGGACAGGGAAUCUCUUUGUACAACUAAGACAGCGACGUCAUGUUUUCUUAAAAUGGAUGCAACAAUUGAAAAUCCAAUAAGGAUGUUCAAUAUAGAAUUAGAAAUCAUGGAUAUUAACGACAACGCGCCACAUUUUCGACGGGACACAAUGGAUUUGGAUAUAUCAGAGUCUACUCCGGUGGGUGAGCGAUUCUCUCUGAACAAUGCAGUGGACCCGGACGUUGGUAGCAACACUGUUAAAACCUACCACCUAAGUGAGAGUGAACAUUUCAAUAUAGAAAUUCAGACCGGAAGAGAUGGAGCAAAGUUUGCUGAUUUGAUUCUGAAAAAGGCUUUAGACAGAGAGCAGCAGGCGGUUCAUAAUCUAAUACUCACCGCUGUAGAUGGUGGAGUCCCCGCGCGCUCCGGAACAGCCAACAUCAUUGUUCGGGUUCUGGAUACAAAUGACAACGCCCCUAAGUUUAAUAAAGACACUUACAAAAUCGAUAUAAUGGAAAACUCUCCAAUUGGAAGUCUUGUGCUAAAAUUGAAUGCCACGGACUUUGACGAGGGCACCAAUUCGGAAAUAACAUAUUCAUAUAGUUUGUAUACAUCGGAGAAAACGCAAGGCACUUUCAGUUUAAACGCUAACAAUGGAGAAAUAACGGUAAAAGAAAUGAUAAAUUAUGAAGAUUUCAGGAUUUAUGACAUGGAAGUCAUAGCAACAGAUAAGGGAGCGAAUUCCUUGUCAAGUCAGUGUAAAUUAACAAUUUUAGUUACAGAUAUGAAUGACAAUCACCCAGAAAUGUCCAUAAAAUCGUUUCUUAGUCCUAUAAAGGAAAAUGUAGCCAUAGACACUGUGAUAGCAGUUGUGAGUGUCAGCGAUAAAGAUUCAGGUGAAAAUGGAAUAGUCAAUAUUCACAUUGCGAAUCAAUUACCUUUUGCGCUGAGAGAGUCUUCUGAUAACUAUUUUGAGUUGGUAGUUUCACAACCUCUGGAUCGUGAGAAGGUCCCAGAAUAUGACAUAACUUUUACCGUAACAGACAGGGGUUCCCCUCCGCUGUCUGACAACGAAACUAUGACUUUAGAACUACUAGACGUUAACGACAACGUUCCACAGUUCCCUCAGUCGUUCUACACUAUUCCGGUUAUGGAGAAUAACGCACCUGGGGCCUUGCUAAGUUCCCUCACUGCGUUUGAUCCAGACCUCCAUGAAAACCAGUAUCUAGUUUAUUUCAUCAUAGAGAAGGAGAUAGUGAACACCUCCAUGUCAAUGCUGUUCUCCAUCAAUCCGGAGAACGGUAAUCUUUACGCACUAAAGACGUUUGACUAUGAGAUAGAGAAGGAGUUCCUUUUCCACGUCGAGGCCAGAGACUCUGGUGUUCCUCCGCUCAGCAGUAACAUGACUGUCCACAUCAUUAUUGUGGACCAGAACGACAAUCCCCCGGUCAUAGUGUCUCCGUGGCGCGCGCACGGCUCCGUGGUGGAGGAGAAAAUUCCUAGAUCCACCGAUAAAGGAUCCCUGGUUUCCAAGGUGAUAGCCAUAGACACGGACUCGGUCCAGAACUCUCGGAUUACAUACCAGUUUCUACAGGUUACUGACGCCACCUUAUUCAGUCUGGACCAAUACAACGGAGAGAUACGUACUAUGAGAAUGUUCAGUUACAGAGAUCCGCGUCAUCAACGGCUGGUUGUCAUCGCCAAGGACAACGGGGAUCCUGCUCUCUCUGCUACAGUUACCAUAAAGCUCUCAACAGUGGAGACUGCCGUUAAAGCCUACUCUGACAUGACGGAAGUGCCUCUAGAAUAUGACAUAUUUUCAGAUUUAAACCUGUAUUUGGUGAUCGGCCUGGGCUCGGUGUCCUUUCUGUUAUUGAUCACCAUAUUGGUCACCUGUGUGCUGAAGUGUCAGAAACCAAAGCCAAGCAAUGCGGCUCCUCCCAGUAGGAACAGUGUGAUCAGUGAGAGAAACUCGACCAUUGCAGAUUCCACCCUGGUCUCCAACGAUGCCUACUGGUACAGUCUGUUUCUAGCGGAGACGAGGAAAGGAAAGCUGGUAGUCAGACAGCCUGUGCCAAAGGCGGGCUCCAGAUACAUCGUGUCCAGUCUACCAAGGAGCACUGGCCUGACAGAGACCAGUGACUCAGCAGCCUCUACUUUGCAGGUAAGAAUGACCUACAGCCAUUCUUUAAUAUAA